GAAACAUUAGAUUAUAUGUGAUAUUAUUGUGACUUUUAGUUCACAAAAUUUGAUCAUAUUUUUUGGCCACCAUGAGGGGUGUAUGUGCAAUGUUUUUAAUAGUUUUGAUGGCAACCCAGAUGAGUUUUUCAGGUUUUGUAUCAUCAGCUGUUGCUGAAGAUGAUAUUAUGUGCCUGGAAGGUGUCAAGAAGUCGCUUAAUGAUCCUCAGGGGAAGCUCAGUUCAUGGAGUUUUGCAAACUCUUCAAUUGGUUUCAUAUGCAAGUUUGUUGGAGUUACAUGUUGGAAUGACAGAGAAAAUCGGAUACUAAAUCUGGAGCUUCGAGAAAUGACGCUGUCAGGACAAGUUCCCGAGUCUUUAAAGUACUGUCGAAGCAUGCAAAAGUUGGAUCUUUCAGCUAAUAGUUUGUCUGGAACUGUUCCUUUUUAUUUUGAGGGAUUUGAUAAGGGCGAUUUUGGGGGAAAUAACGGACUUUGCGGGAGACCUUUAGAUAAGUGUGGUCAGUUGAGUAAGAAGAAUCUUGCAAUUAUAAUUGCUGCUGGCGUGUUUGGUGCUGCAGCUUCUUUAUUGUUGGGUUUUGGGUUGUGGUGGUGGUACCAUUUGAGAUGGAUUAGGAGAAGGAAGAGGAGGUAUGGAUUUGGAAGAGAUGACGAUAGUCGGUGGGCUGAGAAAUUGAGGGCUCAUAAGCUUGUUCAAGUUUCAUUGUUUCAGAAACCACUUGUCAAGGUUAAAUUAGCUGAUUUAAUGGCAGCUACAAACAAUUUCAGUGCUGAAAAUAUUAUAAUUUCCACAAGGACUGGUACUACUUAUAAGGCCAUGCUUCCUGAUGGGUCUGCACUUGCAGUGAAGCGUCUGAAUACAUGUAAACUUGGGGAGAAGCAGUUUCGUUCGGAGAUGAAUCGAUUGGGACAGCUAAGGCAUCCGAAUCUGGCACCCCUUCUGGGAUUUUGUGUUGUGGAAGAUGAGAAGCUUUUGGUUUAUAAGUACAUGUCUAAUGGAACUUUGUAUUCGUUGUUGCAUGGAAGUGGUACUGAAAUGGAUUGGCCAACUAGAUUUAAGAUCGGUUUGGGGGCUGCUAGAGGACUAGCUUGGCUUCACCAUGGGUACCAGCCCCCAAUUCUGCAUCAGAACAUAUGCUCAAAUGUGAUUCUUGUUGAUGAGGACUUCGAUGCCAGGAUAAUGGAUUUUGGAUUGGCAAAGCUAAUGACUUCCUCAGAUGAGAGCAGUUUUGUCAAUGGGGAUUUGGGUGAAUUAGGUUAUAUAGCUCCAGAGCUUCCUACCACUAUGGUCGCUUCACUCAAAGGGGAUGUAUAUGGAUUUGGAGUUGUACUUCUGGAGUUGGUUACCGGGCAAAAACCACUUGAAGUUGGUACUGCUGCGGAAGGAUCUAAGCUUAAUUUGGUGGAUAGGGUCACUCAGAUUUCUACAUCUGGUGGAAUCAAGGAUGCCGUUGACAAGGCCCUCUGUGGAAAGGGAUAUGAUGAAGAAAUUAUGCAGUUUCUGAAAAUUGCUUGCAGUUGUGUGGUUUCUAGGCCUAAGGACAGAUGGUCUAUGUACCAGGUUUACCAAUCACUGGAUAGCAUUGCUGAGAAACAUGGUUCCUCACAACGGUAUGAUGAAUUUCCGCUCAUUUUUGUCGGGCAAGAUAAUGAAACAGCAUGAAGAAAGGAGAAGCAUGGCAAAAUUGUAACAUUUUGUCACGCAGAAGUAUACAUCUUGUGGUAAGUUCUUAAAGGCUGUUGAAGUAAAUGGUUCGAUUUCCAAUUCGUCUGCAAUUCCUCAUUUGUUAUAUAUAUAGCUGUAUGAUACAAUAAACUUAUCAAACUGUAGGUUCUUGAAUGCUAAGAAAUAUAUUUGUUUCGUUUGUAUCA